GGCCCGCCUGCCAGGAUGGGGCGGGGCGGGGCUGGGUGGCGGAUUCUAUAUAUGAGCGGUGCAUGUGAGCCACUGCCCCGGUCCGGCGCUGACCACCGCCAGGCACACACACCCUCGUCUGUCUCAGCCACCACGGCCGCCAUGGGAACGCGGUGCUGGAGCGCUAGGGCACGGCUGGUGGCGGGGGCGGCACUCAUCAUCGCCUCAGCCUCCGUUCUGGCUGAGAUGCCACUCGACCAGGAUGCUUCGCCGCUCCCGUGCUCCCUUGCCUCGUCUGAUGAAAAUCUACGAUGUGAGAUGAAGCGCGGGCAGCCCUUCACCUGGGUAGGGCAUCCCCCCUCCUCCCUGCGUGAACUCUACAUGAGGCUCAUGAGGCAGGGCAGGCUGCCAUCCAAUGCCAUCCUUGCCCUGGACCUGAAGCGGGCCCCAUUCCACCCAUGGGCAGGGAAGCGCUCAGGCACCAUCCCUCGUUUCCCUUCUGUCUUCCAACUGGGAGAAGAGCAGCCUUUCCCUUUGACUGAGGAGGAAGAGGAGGAGGAGGAUGAGGGUCAAGAAGACUGGACUGCAAGACUUGAUCCAGUGGCUGCACUUUCAUCAUUAGAAAGGACUGAAAUGGCCUCAAGGCUUGUCCCCCUCCCUCCCCCACCUAUGGGUCACGUGAGGGUCAGACGCAGCAUCAAGGAGCAGCCACACACUCAGGUGGACAGCUAUAGGCAGGAAUCCAGGCGGCCAAGGUUCCUGCCGUGGGGAGGUAAGCGGUCUGGUAUGGAGCGGGGCAAGUUUGAGGAUGUAUUGCAUGCAUGGGCCACAGAGGGAGACAGCACAGCUUGGCCUGCCAGUAUACAGAUGAAUGCCGACAUGAAGCGGAAAGCAUUCAGUGCUUGGGCAGGGAAGAGAAAUGGUGACAACAAACGAGGAGGGUUCAGUGCUUGGGCAGGAAAGAGAGAAGUAUUUGGCCCUUGGAAAGGAAAAAGGAGUGAGGAAGAUGAGAAAAGGCAAGCAUUCAGUGCUUGGGCUGGAAAAAGAAGUGAAGACGAAAAGAGGCAGGCCUUUAGUGCUUGGGCAGGAAAACGGGAAGCUUUCAAUGCCUGGGCAGGAAAGAGAAGCAGCAAUGACAAUGAUAAGAGACAAGCAUUCAGUGCCUGGGCAGGAAAGAGAAGUAACAACGAUGAUGAAAAGAGAAAACCUUUCAGUGCCUGGGCAGGAAAACGGAGUGAUGAGAAUAAUGACAAACGGCAAGCUUUUAAUGCCUGGGCAGGUAAGAGAAGCAACUCUGAUUACGACAAGAGGCAAGCCUUCAGUGCGUGGGCAGGAAAGAGAAGCAACAAUGACAACAAGAGACAAGGGUUCAGUGCCUGGGCAGGGAAGAGAAGUAACAAUGAAGAUAAGCGACAAGGUUUCAGUGCCUGGGCAGGAAAAAGGAAAUUCAAUGCGUGGGCAGGAAAGAGAAGUGAUGAUGACUACUACCAGGAACAAGAGGAGAAGGAGGAGGAGAAGUCAAGGGACCAGCUCUCCAGUCUACUACAGCAGCACCACCAGCAGGAGCACCAGCAAGCAUCCUCACUCCUGCAACACAGCCCCGACUCCCUCACCCACUGGGAUGCCAACUGGGACAGGUAGAAGGCCAGCAAGACUCUGUGCAGUUAGCUUCUGAGCGUCUUACAGGCUCCCACGUGUUAGUUAUUAAGUAUUCCACACCUUCCCAAGACCACCACCACCACCACCACCACCAUCACCAACAAGAAGACCUGCUCCUAGUAUGCAUCCAUCACUCAAGGCAACAGGGAUCCAGCACACCACAGAAUGCCUCAAGUUACAGCACUACAAGAUGCUUCCCGGAUGGACAGUGUCAGCUUUCUGUCAACACAACGAACCUGCACCAAACCACCUACUGAAUCUUGAAGAAAGAAAAAAACUGAGGAAUCCAUCUUAAGCUUGCAGUGAAACCAUGAAACCAAUAAAUGUUGAUCUUCAUGUUAACAAUGUAGUGUUUCUUUUUCAGUUUUUCUGAGUCUAAUAUUUAUUUCUCACUGUUGCAUGUACCAGAAGAAAAGGGAUCUGAAUGCAAUAUAAUUUUAUGAUUUAAAUUAAUGAUAUUCAUGCAUGUUGUAUGUACAUAUUUGUGUUUAUGUAGCUGGUCUGGUGAAGUUGGUGUGUGCAAAGAUCAUAAGUGAGACCAAGAGAAAAUAUGUGCUAGCAAUCAAGGAGGAAUGUGUUAAAGAUCAAGAAAAAUUGAAAAAAAAAAAAAGUGCAGUGAACCAAAAAGAAGAAAAAAAAAGUGCUAGAGAUGUAGAAGAAAACUGUAAAAGACCAUGAAGAAAAUCCUGCUAAAUACCAAAAAGAAAACCAUUUAAUUUCCCAUUUUUCCUUUGCCUUGUUUUACUUCUUUUAUCAUUCAUGUUCCAUUUUCCUUCCUUAAUUCUUCACUCCUUACUACAUUUUUUUUUAUUUCUCAGUUAUUUUUCCCUUUCACAUUUUCCUUUUCUCCGGAAUUCCCUUCUUUCAUCCUUCACUCCAUUUCUUAUUCCUUCUUACCUACUUUAUUUGAACUUCUCACUGUUCCCCUUUAUUUUUUUCUUUCUCUUUCCAUCCUACUUUCUCCUUCCCUUCCAUCCCUUGCCUCACAGACACAUCUGUAGCUAAAGUAAGGCUGGACUAAGGCUACAAGAAAACACACAUUAUUAUUAUUUUUUUCACUCUCUCCUAUCCCACAAUCUCUCUCUCUCUCUCUCUCUCUCUGACAAUACUAUUCUGAAUUUUUCAUUUAUUUAAUUUCUAAUGUGAUUAAGGUCCAAUUUCUGAACAUCUACUGUAAAAGCCACAUACAUACAUCUAAAUACCAUGUUUAUGAAUGUUAUGAGCUGCAUUUUCCUGGUAUAAUCUAUUCCUGUUUAGUAUGUAUACCUGUGUAUAUAUUCACUAGUAUCAAGAUGGAAAAGAAAGUGCUUGAAAUCUGUUGAAAAAUCAUUGCUGGAAAAAAUUAUGUAAAAAAUUAUGUACUGGUGACAAGAUGGAAAAGAAAAAAAUACUUAGAAUGUUAAAUAUCAGGCUGAAAAAAAAGUUUGUUGUGAAAGAAAUCUUGCACUAGUAGCAAAUCAGAAAGGAAAAAAUUAGCCAGAUAGUUAAGUAUUAAGAUGAAAAAUCACUUGAAAAGAUUAUGUACUAAAACAAGAGAAGACAAGAGAAAAAUUAAUCUAUAGUGUUAAAUGACCUGCUGGAUAAAAAAACCAAAGUUAAGAAAGAAAACAUAUACUAGUAGCAAAACAAAAUUGAAAAAUGAGUUAGAUACCUAAAUAUUAAGCUGAAAAUUCACUUGAAAAGAUUAUGUACUAAUAAGAAGACGAGAGAAAAAAUAACCUAUGAUGUUUAAUGUCAGGUUGAAAAAGUCAAUUAAGAAAGAAAUCAUAUACUAGCAGCAAACCAGAAAAAGGAAAACUAGGUAGAUAAUUAUGUAGUUGAAAAAUCACUCGAGAAGAUUACAAAUGUACUAAUGACAAAACAUGAGAAAAAUACUGAAAAAUCACUUAGAAAUGGAAUGUGGGGUAAUGCAGAUAUAAAUACAGAUAUAAACAGGUAAACAAAGGUAACGACACAUUCCCUUCCAUAUCUACUAGCAUACCUGCAUGCACACUGUAAUUGGCCCUUCCCAUCAUGAUAUAACAAAGCACAUCACGACACAAUGAAGCAUAAUGUGAGCUGAAGUGAAUAAAUAUGAGCAG